CCUGAGGCUCGGGCCGCGUGGAUUCGCCUGCUGCGGGCCCGGUUGCAGCAGCUGCUGCUGCGAUGACCAAAAUAAAGGCAGAUCCAGACGGGCCGGAGGCUCAGGCGGAGGCUUGCCUCGGGGAGCGCACUUACCACGAGCUGCUAGUGAAUCUGAACCCCAUCGCGCAGCCCCUGGCUUCUCGCCGUCUCACGCGGAAGCUCUACAAAUGCAUCAAGAAAGCUGUGAAGCAGAAGCAGAUUCGGCGCGGGGUGAAGGAAGUUCAGAAAUUUAUCAACAAAGGCGAGAAAGGGAUCAUGGUUUUGGCAGGAGACACAUUGCCCAUUGAGGUAUACUGCCAUCUCCCAGUUAUGUGCGAGGACCGGAAUUUGCCCUACGUCUAUAUCCCCUCCAAGACGGACCUGGGGGCAGCCGCAGGCUCCAAGCGCCCCACCUGCGUGAUCAUGGUCAAGCCCCACGAGGAGUACCAGGAGGCUUAUGACGAGUGCCUGGAGGAGGUGCAGGCCCUGCCCCCACCCAUGUGAAGGACUCGGGCACUUGCUCCAGAAGUGGUUGGUCUGGCAGUGGGCCAGCUGGUUGUCCUCCUGCGGCCUGUGUCUGUGCAUCGCCCUGGUCCCCUGCAGCAUUGAUCUUCCCGGGCAGCUCCGCCGGCUCUUUUGUGAAGGCAUAGCCGGAAUGUUCCAUUGAGCAUUGGUGAAGACCACUCCGAGGGUAUAGUGUGGGGGAAGUAAACGCUAAGACUAAAAGGUG